AUGGAGAUCAACGUUGAAAACGGGAACCCCAAAGAAACCCACGAACAAGAACCCAACCCAACAACCCCAUUGCUCGUCAACAAGAACCUUCCGGAUGUUGUCGAGAGAAGCCUUGUCCAGCAAGCAAUCAGCCAGACUUUCGCAAGCACGGCCCAUUUAGCCAACCUCCUCCCCACGGGCUCAGUCCUCGCUUUCCAACUCCUCUCACCCAUAUUCUCAAACCAAGGAGAAUGCGACCCGGUGGGCCGGGCCCUAACCGCCGGGCUCAUGGGCCUUUGCGGGCUUUCAGUUAUCCUAUUUAGCUUCACCGACAGCUUCAAGGACCAAAAGGGAAAUGUGGUUUACGGUUUCGCCACUUUACGUGGGCUUUGGAUAAUCGAUGGCUCGGCUACUCUGCCUCCCGAGAUUGCGGCUAAGUAUCGGGUGAAAUUUAUCGAUUUCAUGCAUGCUUUGAUGUCGAUAUUGGUUUUUGGGGCGAUUGCGCUUUUUGACGAGAAUGUGGUGACGUGUUUUUAUCCAAAGCCAUCGGCCGAGACUAAGGAAGUGCUCACGGCUUUGCCGGUCGGGAUUGGGGUGGUUUGUAGUAUGUUGUUUGUUGUAUUUCCGACUAAACGGCAUGGGAUUGGGUUUCCGGUCACCGACGGUUGA